GCGGCCUGCCUGCUGCCCCCCUCCAGGGCUCCGAAGCACUGGGACAAGGACUCCAGAGCAGAGACCCUCCUGCAGCUGGUUCCGUCCGGGCCCUGCCCUGCCCUGUGCUCAUGGACCUGCGGCGCGUUCCCGCCAGCCGAGAGAAGGGAUGGUAUUUAGCGCUCAUGGCUCCGAAUGUCAAGGGCCCCAGCUAUCCUUGGCUUGACCCCUCCAGGCUGUACUGUCACCACCAGGGCCUGCAGGACUGCAUUGUGGACCUGCUCCAGCCCUUCUGCGAAGACCCCAUCGACCUGGUCGCUGGAAUCGACGCCAUGGGCUUCAUCCUAGGCGCCGCCAUAGCCAACACCCUGCAGAAAGGCUUCCUGACCAUCCGCAAAGCUGGGCACCUCUGUGUGGAGACCUGCACGCAGCCCUACACUGACUACUCAGCCCGCCAGAAGCUGCUGGAGAUGAGGACAGACGCCAUCCAGCCAGGUCUGCGCGUCUUACUGGUGGAUCAGUGGAUUGAAACGGGGGGGACCAUGCGCGCUGCCAUCCAGCUGGUGGAGCAGCAAGGGGGAGUGAUCGCAGGCAUUGCUGCCAUCUGCAUUGAGGACAGCGAGGGUGGCAAGUGGAUCCAGGAGCAUUACAAGUGUUCGCAGUGUGUCCCCCAGCACCUGAUGCCCCAAUUCAACAGGCACCAGCUGGAGUCCUUCCAGGCCUUUAGGGCCACGCCUGGCCAGGCCUAAUUAAUGGGAUCUCCUGCCCUGCAGCUGAGCCUUGCACCAAGUUCCCCGGGACCACCUGCUCCAUGGCCCAUGCGUUGUCCCUGCUCCCGGAGGCCGGGAGGGAGGGGUCACAGCUUCCAGAAGAGCUGCUUCCCCUCCCCCAUCCCAGUCUAAUCCAAUUAAGCCCUGUAACCCUUACUAAUCGCAGAUGCCCUCCUGCCUCCAGCGUGGCUGCAUCAUGUGGGCAGACAGUGCUCAGACACCAGCUGCGCCCCUGCCUCUGGGGAGCAAUCUCACCGCUUGCUGCUGCAUAUCAGACCUGCCCCACGG